AUGCACGCUUCUACGUCCGCUCAGCGGAAACCUUCUCGGCAGUCGCAUCGGCUAUCAUCGAUGCGCUCAGCGCGGUCAGGUAAAUCUGAUCAUGGUACUGCACGUCAACCUGGCCAGUAUUUGGACCAACAAGACAGCGCCCAAGAAAACUCGCAGCAUCGUGCGUCGACGACAGCGUCGGUGCACUCACAGCCGAAAUGGUGGCAUGUCCACUUGUUCCGUGGAAUGAUCAACGAUGUCAAGCGCAGAGCACCAUAUUAUUGGAGCGAUUGGACUGAUGCAUGGGAUUAUCGUGUCGUGCCUGCUACGGUCUAUAUGUAUUUUGCUAAUAUCUUGCCUGCUCUGGCCUUCUCGUUGGAUAUGUUCGAGAAGACAAGGCAGAGCUAUGGCGUCAAUGAAGUUCUACUUGCUUCUGUUCUUGGCGCAAUUGUGUUUUCGCUUUUUGCGGCUCAGCCGUUGGUCAUUGUCGGUGUUACUGGUCCCAUCACUGUGUUCAACUAUACUGUCUAUGAUAUCAUAGCUCCUCGAGGGACACCGUAUCUUGCAUUCAUGUGUUGGAUUGGAAUCUGGUCUUUGAUUAUGCAUUGGAUACUGGCCAUCACUAAUUCCUGCAACGCCCUCACAUAUGUCACUCGAUUCUCGUGCGACAUCUUUGGGUUCUACGUUGCUUGCAUCUAUAUCCAGAAGGGCAUUCAAGUUCUCACCAGACAAUGGGGCUCUGUGGGAGAGACCUCUGCUUACCUGAGUAUUAUGGUUGCACUACUUGUCCUGAUGUGUGCAUGGAUCUGCGGAGAACUGGGCAACAGCAAUCUUUUCAAGCGACCCGUUCGGAAGUUCCUGGAGGACUACGGUACACCGUUGACCAUCAUCUUCUUUACCGGAUUCGUCUACAUCGGUCAGAUGAGGGAUGUUGAUAUCGCCACGCUCCCUACUAGCAAGGCGUUCUUUCCUACAACUGCCCGGUCUUGGCUUGUACAUUUUUGGGAUAUCAGUGUUGGAGAUAUCUUCCUUGCUAUCCCAUUUGCAAUUCUUCUCACAAUUCUCUUUUACUUUGAUCACAAUGACCACGUAGUAGAGCAGAGAGUUAGCAACUUCGCACAGGGACUUUUGACCCUGGGAACAAUGACUGGGCCCCUCCUCAUCGUGCUCCACUUGAUUCCACAGGGUGUGAUGGCUGGUUUGUUCUUCAUUAUGGGUGUCCAGGCUCUUCAAGGCAAUGGCAUUACGCAAAAACUGAUCUUCCUUGCCGAAGACAAGAAUUUUACCUCUGCAUCGAAUCCUCUCAAGCGAAUUGAGCGCCGUUCCGCCAUCUGGGUCUUUGUCGCUCUUGAACUGUUUGGCUUUGGUGCGACUUUCGCUAUCACUCAGACAAUCGCUGCCAUCGGGUUUCCUGUUAUCAUUCUCCUUCUAAUACCAGUUCGCUCGUUCCUGCUUCCUAAAUGGUUCUCCCGCGAAGAACUUGCAGCACUCGACGGGCCGACAGCUAGUCCAUUCACCAUGGAAAGUGUCGGUGGCACCCACGGAAUGGAGGACUACGAUGAAGCGGUUUCUAGCGGGGCCCGGGACGAGUAUUCAAAUAGAGGUGACGGAGUCCUGAGAAACCGAAUUUCGGCUUCUCCGGAAUCUGCAGUCGAAGAGGAUGAUCUAGAGCGAGGUGAGGCAUAUGAGCUCCCCUCCCUUGUUUCACGCAGAAGGAGCACAGCUAGCAGGGUAGACUAA